AUGCGAUGCGAUGUUCCGGCCCACGCUUACCAGGCAACAUUCGCCCCCUCAACGACAUGGACGGAGGCGUACGCGACUGGGCCUGAGAUCUUUGCCUAUUGGAAACACAUCGCAGAUCAGUAUGAGGUGCGCAAGUACAUCCGUACGAGCCAUACCGUGACCUCAGCAGAAUGGUCCGAAGAGAAGGCGAAGUGGAUUGUUAAGAUUCAUUCAGAUGAAGGAGAUUUUGUUGACGAGGCCAACUUCUUGAUUACCGCCACAGGCCAUUUCAGCGACCCGAAGCUCCCAGAUUAUCCGGGCAUCAAGGACUUCAAGGGGCACCUCAGACAUACCUCAAUUUGGGAUCCAAACUUCGACCCGAAAGACAAGCGUAUCGCCGUUAUUGGAAAUGGUGCUUCGGGACUUCAGGUGCUGCCGCAAUUGCAGAAAGUCGCAUCGAGAAUCGACCACUAUGCUCGCAACAAGACGUGGGUGGCAGCGCCGAUUGGAGGAGAAGAUCUUGCAGACUUUGUCGCCGACAACAUCGAAGACGCGCGAACGAGCCCAGAAAAGUACUUGAGAUUCCGAAAAGCUCUGGAAGCAAAGCUCUUUAGUCGCUUUGGUGGCAUCUUCAAAGAUGGACCGCAAAACGCAGCUGCCGAAGAGUCUAUCCGCAAGCGGAUGAAGGCUCGCCUUUCCGGAAGCGAUGAGCUAGCAGAAGAGAUCAUCCCUGACUUUUCCGUUGGCUGUCGUCGGCUGACACCAGGACCUGGGUAUCUGGAAGCGCUGACGGCGGACAACGUGAGUCUUGUGUAA